AUGGCUUUGCCCCCUACCCCAACAAUAGGCGGUGUGGAAGAGGAGGGGAUCGAGAACAAACUGUAUAGCCAGUAUGAGGAGAAGGUGCGCCCCUACAUCGACCUCAUUGACUCCCUCCGGGCCCUGGGCGUGGAGCAGGACUUGGCCCUGCCUGCCAUUGCCGUCAUUGGGGACCAGAGCUCAGGCAAGAGCUCUGUGCUGGAAGCUCUGUCAGGAGUCGCCCUUCCCAGAGGCAGCGGUAUUGUGACAAGAUGUCCUCUGGUGCUAAAACUGAAAAAACUUGUGCACGGAGAAGAGUGGAAGGGCAAGGUCAGCUACCGGGACCUCGAGAUCAAGAUUUCAGAUGCUUUGGAGGUGGAAGAGGAGGUCAGGAAAGCCCAGACCAUCAUUGCUGGGGAAGGGAUGGGAAUCAGCCAUGAGCUAAUUAAUCUGGAGAUCAGCUCCCCACACGUACCAGAUCUGACUCUAAUAGAUCUUCCUGGGAUAGCCAGAGUGGCUAUGGGCAACCAGCCUGCUGACAUUGGAUAUCAGGUGAAANNNCUCAUCAGGAAGUACAUCCAAAGGCAGGAGACCAUCAACUUGGUGGUGGUCCCCAGUAACGUGGACAUUGCCACCACAGAAGCGCUGAGCAUGGCUCAGGAGGUGGACCCUGAAGGAGACAGGACCAUAGGAAUCUUGACAAAGCCUGAUCUGGUGGACAAAGGUACAGAAGACAAGGUGGUGGACGUGGUGCGGAACCUGGUGUACCACCUGAAGAAAGGUUACAUGAUCGUCAAGUGCCGUGGUCAGCAGGACAUCCAGGACCAGCUGAGCCUGGCCACGGCUCUGCAGAGAGAGAAGGACUUCUUUGAGGACCACCCACAGUUCAGGGAUCUUCUGGAGGAAGGUCGGGCCACGAUUCCCUGCCUGGCAGAAAGACUGACGACUGAGCUCAUCACACACAUCUGCAAAUCUCUGCCCCUGUUAGAAAAUCAAAUAAAAGAGUGUCACCAGAAAAUAACAGAGGAAUUACAGAAAUACGGCACCGACAUACCAAAUGAUGAGAAUGAAAAAAUGUUGUUCCUGAUUGAUAAAAUUAAUGUAUUUAAUCAGGACAUCAAUGCUUUAAUACAAGGGGAAGAAACAGUGGGGGAUGAAGAUACCCGGCUGUUCACCAAACUCCGGAGUGAGUUCUGCAAGUGGAGUGAUGUGAUUGAAGCUAAUUUCAAAAAAGGUUAUGAUGUUAUAUAUAGAAAAAUCUGGACAUUUGAAACUCAGUAUCGUGGCAGAGAACUGCCAGGAUUUGUGAAUUAUAGGACAUUUGAGGCCAUCGUAAAACAGCAAAUAAAAGCUCUGGAAGAGCCAGCUGUGGAUAUGCUGCACAGGGUGACUGAUAUGGUUCGGCUCGCAUUCACAGAUGUUUCCACAAAAAAUUUUGAUGAAUUCUUUAACCUCCACAGAACCGCCAAGUCUAAAAUUGAAGACAUUAGAUUAGAACAAGAGAAUGAAGCUGAGAAGUCAAUCCGACUUCACUUCCAGAUGGAGCAGAUUGUCUACUGCCAGGAUCACGUGUACAGCGGCGCCUUACAGAAGGCCAGAGAGAAGAAAGUGGAGGAAGAGAAGAAGAAUCCGUCCAGUGGUCUGUUGACUAGCACCCGGUCUUUAUCAGAGUCUUCCCUGGCUGAAAUCUUCCAGCACCUGAUCGCCUACCACCAGGAGGUCAGCAAGCGCAUCUCCAGCCACAUCCCUCUGACCAUCCAGUUCUUCGUCCUCCAGACCUACGGCCAGUUGCUGCAGAAGGGCAUGCUGCAGCUCCUACAGGACAAGGAUACCUACAACUGGCUCUUGAAGGAGCGAAACGACACCAGUGACAAGAGGAAAUUCCUGAAGGAGCGGCUGGCACGGCUGGCCCAGGCUCGGCGCCGGCUUGCCAAAUUCCCUGGGUAAUCGGGUUCUCCAUCCAGCUCCGUGUCUCCCAGGCACAUCUCCAGGGAGAAGGGGCUCCACACCACUCCUGAUAGCUGUGCCAUUAUUAGUUAUCCAUGUAGCAGGUACUUAAAUAGUCAGACUUUGUAGUCACAGCCUCUGCUUAUCCAUUAGCUGAUGAGGACGUAGUGAGAAGCUACCACAUCCAGUGCUGGGACAGAAGCCCUGCCCUCAGGUGUGGUCUAGAUCGGAUGAAUGUGCCCCUUUCCUUACUAAGAAAAUGACUGUCAGCUCUCAGGAUCCUUCCCCUCCUCUGAACUGUCCCCUUCUCUUUAUUAGAAGCCAAGGCAGGCCAAGCAUCCUAGAAGGGUCGUUGCCUGGUCUUGUGACAUCCUGUCAUGCCCCAGUGAUUUAGGAGUGUCAGUUCCCCGUAUGAGCACUUGUAGGAGCCAUGUCCCAUCCCUUUGUAAUAAACUUGUUUCUAGCAGA